AUGUUUACCGGACAAGCUCCAGGAUUCCUCAUGUCUACCUAUCUUUCGCUGACCUGUCGCUCGGCGAGUUGGCCAUCCCCGACUUUAUCGGCUCGUACCCAGGUGGAUAUGCCACCAUCUUUGCCUACUUUAGAGUACCGUCCUCCAAGACCUACAAGUUCUCCGUCUCAUCCAGCUCGAUAUCUCGAGGACAAUCCAGUCCACAGUAUCAAGAUAACACUCCUUGCCAAAUCAUUUAGUAAAUCACGUUCAUUUAAAUUAAAAUCUCAUCAAUCAAUUAAUUAUUUCUAUUCAAAGCAAGUAAACAUUGAAUCUUGUUUUAUUGAUUGUCAUGCUCAAUUUACAAAGACAUGUGUUGCAACAUCGGUUCCAGAUGAUCAUAUUGAAGGAGCUCUACCAGUCUUUUACUUUGACUAUUGUGCCAAAAAGGAAAAGAAUCUUUUACAAGAUGUUUAUCGUCAAUCAAUUUAUAUGUUACCAAAUGAAUUAUCUGGAGGUGCCCAAACACUAGUGUUAAUACAAUUAGAUCAACUAAAUCAACCACUUCAUGCAAUGUCAAGUGUAACUAGUUCCAUUGAUAUGGACAUGGUUGUCAGAAGAUACGGUACACAUUUCUACCAAUCUGCAGUGCUCGGUGGAUCGUUGAAACGGAUUACAUCGAUUGAAAACGCAUCCUAUGCAAAGGAAUCAACAAAGGCUUGGUCGGAAAGGGCAUCUCGUUCGUUUAACGGCGCCGUCUCUACACCAUACUUUUCUGCUAAUGCCGUGUACGCCAAUUCUUGUGACACGAGUGUAUCUGGUGAAAAGCAAGAAUCGAUGGAAAUACAAUCGACUAGAUCAAGUGUGUUGGUGUUGGGUGGUGAGCCAGGUUCCUACUCGCCAGGUUCAACGAACCAAGGAAACAGGUUGAGGGAAAGUGCCGAACUCAAGUACUACAAAGAAAACGCAUUCAAGGAAUCAUUCGCGGGUAAAAUAUCAGCAUCCGUCUUUAUCACGGUCAAUGAUCCCAAUGAAGAUAUGGUUGCACCAGCCAUGGACCAACCUGCACACAUCACAGUUGAGUGGACCAGUGGUAAAACAAGUAAAAUCGAAAUCAAGGAUUAUGUGAGAAACAUAGUAACAACAACCACUGGUGGCUGGCUCACAUCAGUUAAAGGACAUGGCAACCCAAGAGCUGUUGGAUGUAAACUCGAGGCUCCUCGUGACAACAUCCCCUGUACCACAUGGUCAACCGCAUGUUACACCGCUGACAAAAAUGAGUUUAAAUUUAAGGAGUAUCCUUUGACCGACAUUUCUACUCUUUCACCUGGUGCAUCAUCAUCUGUAAAUAGUAGUAAUAAUGUCAAAUAUAAUAGUUUUAAACUGACUGCUGACAGUAUCAGCAAUAACAAAAAUAACGAUAAUAAUAAUAAUAAUAAUAAUAAUAAUAAUAAUAAUAACGAUGGUACAAAUAGUAAUAAUAAUAAUAUUAAAUUGAAUAGUUUAAAUCAACUUAGUUCACAAAAUAUAAAUAGUUUUAUAGAUAGUUUAAAUAGUGUAUCAAACGAAAGAAAACAAAAGUUUAACCAACUUGGAGGAAAUUCAGAGAUAUUCCAAUUCGAUGAAGAAUACGAAGAGGAAUUACAAGAGAUUGAAGAUAAGAAACAAGUAGCUCUACCAGUUCAACAACAAGCUGGAACCUGA